AUGGCGGAAGUGGAGGCAAACGGCGACGGCGACGGCGAAGCCGGUGUUCCAUCGCCGAAGUCGCAAACACAAGAUUCCACUGAAAACAACGGAAACUCCUCAGAGCCAGUACUUUCGAAGAGCGCACUGAAGAAACAAGCGAGACAACAAAGAUGGGAGGCAAAGAAGGUAGAGAAGAAAGCAGCGGCGAAGGAACAGAAGAAGAAGGAAACCGAACGGAAACGGAUGGAGUGGGAAGAAAGCCUCGCCAGUAUGCCGGAGGAUGAAAGAACGAAAUUCAUCGAAUCAAGGAUUAGUAUCCGUAAGGAGAGAGUGGAGCAGCAAGCAUUGGAGAAAAACAGCAAGAAAGAGAGACUCAGUAAGGGUAAAGAACAUGGACAAAACGUUGUAAUUGAUCUUCAGUUCUCGCAUCUCAUGACUCCAUCAGAAAUUCGCAGUCUCGUUCAACAGAUAAUGUAUUGCUAUGCGGCGAAUGGAAGGUGUGAGUCCCCCGCACAUCUUUGGCUAACAAGCUGCGAAGGAGAAAUGGAUAAUCAAUUGAAAAAGAUACCGGGAUUUGAUAAGUGGAUAAUUGAGAAGGAAAGUAAGCCUUAUAUUGAAGCAUUGCAAGAUCGUAAGGAUGAUUUGGUGUAUCUGACGGCUGAUUCAGAGACUGUUCUUGAAGAGCUUGAUUUGAAGAAGAUAUAUAUAAUUGGCGGGUUGGUGGAUAGGAAUAGGUGGAAAGGGAUAACUAUGGAGAAAGCACAAGAGCAAGGAAUUCAAACGGCUAAACUCCCUAUUUCUAAUUUCUUGAAGAUGUCUAGUUCUCAGGUUCUUACUGUGAAUCAAGUUGUAGAAAUACUACUCAAGUUCAUUGAGACAAGGGACUGGAAAACUUCUUUCUUUGCAGUUAUCCCUCAGAGGAAAAGAUCUCAAGCAGAUUCAGAGGGAAAUGCAGAUAAUAAUGUAGCGGAUGAAGAAGAGGAAGAAGAGUGUGAACAAAAAGGAAGAGUGUGA